GCUUUGACCACGUGCUGAUGUUGUGACAGAAAGCUCGAAAAAGCACUGGAGUGCACAUAUAAACUGUCCUUCGUGCCUAUUCCCUGCUCACAGUGCGUCUCUCAGGCCCUCAGUCAUCGUACCAACAUCGGAACUAUCGACACUCCUACGAUACUUGCUAUUACCAGUUGUGCGCCCCCAAAGGCCUCGUCAGCUCCAUCGAAAAUGCGAUCAUCCACCAUGCUUGUGGCUACGGCCUCCUUGUUUGCCGCUUGCGUAUUCGCAGCACCAGAAGCCAAUCGUAACCCUCAUGGAUAUGGUUCCGUCAAGCGUCCAAGCUGGUAUCCCGGACGAUCAUCAACAUGUCUGAGCGAUCAGGAAGCGCAGGGCGUGGCCGACAACUUCAGAAAUCUUAUUGCGGACUACAGCGAUGCUCUUGCGAAUGCAUCCCUCACUGAAGACUUCGUCGACUACUCCGACAGUGUCAUCGAGCUCAUCAACAAUGGCUGCCCUAACUCUCCAGUAGCGCUUGGUACUGCAACGUUCGACAGCAGAGCAUCUUUCGAGGCUGGUCAGGGUGCUCAGCCGCCCAUUCCUUUCGAGCAACUCAACAUCUGGCACAACUGCGACACUGUGACCAUCCGCUGGUUGUCUAAGGGUCCCGGACAAGAGCCGGAGCAAGUCACCGGGAUCAUCGUUCUCGAAACCGUGAACCUGUCCAACACGUGGCUGAUCAAGACCGUCUACUCGGAAUUCAACAGCGGGGCUUGGUUGGUGAACCUGGGCAUCUUCAAGCCAAGCAACUGCUCGGCGUGAGAGGAUAGGAGGUAUGGAGCUGACGAAUUUCGUAUCACGCAUCUGGCCGGGGGCCUUCGAGGCGGCAAUUGUAUCAUAAGCUUCGCAUUUGGUCACUAGGACUCAUCCACCUUGUCACAUCAUACAUUCUCGGAG